CUAUAUGCAUCGUCUUAUAACGUGGCAUCCACCCAGCUUAUUCCCAUGUUCCCGAGCUGCGUGUGUUGCCCAGUCUUCCAAGACUGCUGUCUGCCGACGAACAAAUGGCAACACUGGACGAAGAGCCGACCGCAUUGUUUGCUAUUCCACCGAAACCGAGCUGCCUGAACCGCGCCCAACGACCCCACCUCCUCCGUUUGCACCUGUACACCGUCCAACGACAUCUGCUUUCAUCCACCCUCGUCCUCGGAGGGUUUCGCCUCCACCACACCCGUCUUUGCCUCCAUCAUUUGGUCGAAACCAAUUCCUUUCCGUACCCGAUGAGACGAAACUGAAACUGAACUCGGUUGUAGCAUCAUUCAACGCUCCGAUACGAUAUGCUUUUGCGUAUGGCAGUGGAGUGUUCCCUCAAACUGGAAAUGAUGUGGACCAACCCAAACCGAUGCUCGACUUCAUUUUUGCCGUGUCUUAUCCCGCGCACUGGCACUCCAUCAACAUGACUCAGAAUCCCAGCCACUAUCCUUUCUAUGCUCGUGCUCUGGGUUCUUCCUUUGUUUCUCAUGUGCAGCGCCAGUAUGGGGCUGGGGUUUGGUAUUGCACAUAUGUAUGUGUACAAGGCGAACUCAUCAAGUAUGGCGUGAUUUCAAUGGAUACGCUCUGUCAAGAUCUCCUGGAGUGGGACACUUUAUAUGUUUCGGGAAGGAUGCACAAACCAAUUCGGAUAGUGAAGGAUGAUGCGAGGGUUCGUUUGACGCAGCAAGUGAACCUGGUCAGUGCAGUGAGGGCAUCACUGUUGAUGCUACCCGAAGAAUUUACCGAGGAAGAGCUUUGGGCAUCGAUAGCUGGACUGAGCUACUCUGGAGACCCACGUAUGUCCUUACCUGGGGAGAAUCCCAACAAGAUUCGCAACAUUGUUUCGGCUCAGCAUGAGCAGUUUCAUGAGCUGUACGAACGGUUGGUUCGUGGAAUACCUGGAGUGCACUGGCGAGAAGGGUCUGGACGUAUCAAGCAAGAUUGCUCACCCAAAUACCGCGCUUCUUUGCUCCGGAAGUUACCGCAGAUUCCGCGGGAUCGCAUGCGGCAUCGAUAUGAUCAUUUGGCCAACCCGACACAACCAGAUGAAAGCGAUAACGAUGAAAACGGAUUCUGGAUGAAGGUCGCAGAAGAAAUGAAUAUGAAGAAUGGAUUAGCAUCUGAGUUAUCCACGAUCAUUCGACGCCCUGCCGUGACCCAGUCCUUGAAGGGCCUCAUCAGCGCCGGGCCAAUGAAGAGCACACGUUACGCAUUAUCCAAGGUAGGGAAGUGGUGGAGCAGCGGCAGUUCAUGACGACGCAUGAUUAUCCUAGUUACGCGCCUGUAACAGGUUGUUCG